CAUGUCAACCGGCCGCUCGAACGCUGUGGACGCUCUUCCACGUGCCUCAUUUCUCACUUACUUCCGCACUCCGACCAAGCUAAAUCGACGCACGGGCGAAGACUGCCAGAAAAGACGGGCAUCGUGUAGAAACCAUUGCUCAAAAGCGCCACUCCUGCCACGCAUACCAGAAGACGCUACUACAGAGCACACCGCCGAAGAAUCAGAGCCGGAGGACUAUGAGCAUGUUGACAACCAUGAGAGCGGGGAGGAAUUCGAGCAGGGAUGGAGCUGGACCAACAUCCUCAGUUUCACUGGCUACACGCUGCUGGUCUUGCUUAUCGUGCUUAACUUGGACUUUCUCUUGAGUGCAUAUAAUGCGAACGCUGGAUUGGUGAAGUGGGACGACCACGGAGUGAGCACUAGCUCUUCAAGCCGUGAAAUGCACUUCUGCCUUGCCGAACAGAACCGUUUAGCUCCAACCUCUCGCGUGUGGCGGUACGUUCCCCGAGGCUCAGACUCAAGCUGCGCGACGAGACUUUUGACGAUCCAUGCGGACCCGACCGAAGAACAUAAGCUGUUUACAGAAGACAUCAUCAUGGGGGAGGCCAGGAAUAUGCCUACUUGUGAUUCACCGAACGGCGAAUCUUGGGGUAGGUCGUAUAGAAGGAGUGAACGUCUCGAGGUUGGUGAUGACUUAGCCCAAGAAGGAAUCCUUAGCAAGGAGGUCUGAAUCGGAUGGCCGGGCAACAGGCGGGCAUUGCGACCAUUGUGCAAAGUUCAGUCACAGGGACGCAAUAAUAAGACGAGUGCAUACGAUG